AUGGCUGCGAAGAAUGUAUUGCGAAGAGCAAUGCUCUACGUGCCGGGCUCCUCGCAACGAUUCCUCGACAAAUCGCGCUCCCUCAACGUCGACUGCAUCGCCUACGACCUAGAAGACAGCGUGACGCCAAACCGCAAAGCGGAAGCGCGAAGCCUUGUCCGCAAAGCCCUUGACCUGGAUACCCCCGGCGGCGUGAAAGAGCGAGCCGUGCGGAUCAACAGCGUCGGCUCCGGCCUGGCGCUGGCCGACCUCCAAGAGUUGGCGAAAUCGCAGAACCUGACGACCCUGGUGGUGCCCAAGGUAGAAAGCGCCAGCGACUUGACCUUUAUCAGCGACGUGUUGGCGCAUACGCGAUCGACUCAAAUGCAACCUCACUCGCACAAUGGUAGUGAGACCAAAGGUGGGACGCAAAUUGGUGUGCUCGCCCUGAUCGAGUCUGCGCGAUCGCUGUCGAACCUACAAGAGAUAUGUCGUGCGACCCCACAUAUGCUGCAGGGCCUGGUGUUCGCGGCCGAGGACUUCGCGCUGGACAUGAGCAUCACGCGCACGCCCAGCCUGAUGGAGUUUCUGUAUGCGCGGCAAAUGAUCGCCACGGCCGCGCGCGCCCACAAUCUGCCCAGCACGCUGGACCUGGUCACGACGGCGUUCAAGUCCGAAGCAGACCAAGAGACGUUGGUGAACGAGUGCGAACAGGGGAAAGGAAUGGGGUACAAUGGCAAACAAUGUAUUCAUCCGAGUCAGGUGCAGACGGUGCAGAGAAUCUUCAGCCCGAGUCCCCAGGAGGUCGAGUGGGCGGUGAGAAUCACCAUUGCCCAGAAACGUGCCGAGGAGCAGGGCAAAGGUGCUUGGGCUAUGGAUGGCAAAAUGAUCGAUGCUCCGGUCGAGGGCAAGGCCAGGGCUGUCGUCGCGAAGGCUGAGUUGUGUGGGUUUGAGGUUGCUGAGUUGAGGGAGAAAUAUAAAGACCAGCAGCCUGAAUAG